AUGCGGCUUCGAUCGCAGCUAGAGAUUUUUGUUGCAAACGCAUCUCAUUCAUGUCGGCCAUUUUACUGAUAAUGUUUUCACAUAAUUAACAAAAUUUAAACGUUUAGAUCGGAAUUAGUUGUUUAUAUACGUCGUGCAAGUGUAAUAAAUACCACAAGGAAUGAUUUUAUAAAUAUGUUGGUGUGGACGGUCGUGUGAUCUCGUGGUAUUUAAUGAUGAAACAUUGUUGAUUUCGGACUUGUGAUUGUAAAAUAUUACGAUAAUGUCGGUGUCUGGAGACGAUGUUACUACAUCGAACGGCGGAGUGUCCAUCCAGGUUUUCCGUCCCACGUGGGAGGAAUUCAAAGAUUUCAAUAAAUACAUUCAGUAUAUGGAAUCCAAGGGAGCGCACAAGGCUGGUCUCGCUAAAGUGAUUCCUCCACCCGAGUGGGUUCCUCGGAAGAAGGGCUACGAUCUGGACGAGCUAAACGUCACCAUACCUUCGCCGAUAUGUCAGGUGGUCACAGGAAAGCAAGGUUUGUUUCAACAAAUCAAUAUACAAAAGAAAUCCAUGACUGUGAAAGAGUUCGCCGUAAUGGCGAACUCUGCAAAGUAUUGUACCCCACGACACACCAACUACGAUGAUUUAGAGCGAAAAUACUGGAAAAAUGUUACUUACGUAGCACCUAUUUACGGCGCUGAUGUUAAUGGCAGCAUUACAGACCCUGAUGUUAAAGAGUGGAAUAUCAAUCAUCUCGGUACCAUAUUAGACUUUGUGAACUCAGACUACGGCAUAGAAAUAGAUGGAGUUAAUACCGCUUACCUCUACUUCGGUAUGUGGAAAACAACAUUUGCUUGGCAUACCGAGGAUAUGGACCUAUAUUCAAUAAAUUAUCUUCACUUUGGUGAGCCGAAGACCUGGUACGCUAUCCCACCCGAACAUGGGAAGAGAUUUGAGAGAACUGCAUCUGGUUUUUUCCCCACGUCUGCUAAAACAUGCCAAGCAUUCUUAAGACAUAAAAUGACACUGAUAUCUCCACAAAUCUUGAAACAAUAUGCCAUACCAAUCAAUAAAAUCACUCAGGAAGCUGGAGAAAUCAUGAUAACAUUUCCCUAUGGAUAUCACGCAGGCUUUAAUCAUGGUUUUAAUUGUGCCGAGUCCACAAACUUCGCAGCACCACGCUGGGUUGAAUACGGAAAGCGAGCAAUGCAAUGUACUUGCAGCAAUGAUAUGGUCAAAAUAUCAAUGGACACAUUUGUUAAACGAUUUCAACCUGACCGUUAUGAACUUUGGCUAAAGGGUCAAGAUAUUGGUUGUCAUCCCGAGCAGCCUGAGAAAAUGGUACCAGCACCCCAUCCCUCUGGUCAAGACAUAUUAUGCAACAAAAAUAACACAGAGCUCCCUGAAUCAUUUAUCGAAGCAGAAGUGGAAGGUCUGAAGAAGAAGAAAAGGCAUCCCUUACAUUUAAAAAGAGCGAUGGCCAGUAAAAGUAUAUCGGAAGGGGCUAUCGCUGUGUCUAUUCUUGGACACGACAUAAUGGAUGACGACGAAAUGACAAUGGCUGAAGGGGAUUUGGACAUGAUGACGUCAAUGAAAGGUCCAAUAAUGCCAUUGGAACCUAACGACACACAGCUAGAUGUUCUCGAAGAUAUUUGGCUGAAAGGUGAUGAAAUGGAUCCCUCUGAAGCUCAACUUCCAGAUAUUGGCUAUAUCGAUUCUGACAGAGAUUCCGAUUACGUCGCACCAUAUGCAAAGAAGACAACUAAAAUUCGGAAAAAGAGAAAAGAUACCAUUAAAAAGGAACUGUUACGAAAGGAGAAUAUUAAAAAGGAAGCUUUAAAUGAGGCAGAUGAUGAUACUAGUCAAGAGAAGGUGACGUCACAACCCAAAAAGCAACGUGGAAAAAUGAAAUCUAAGAAAUUGUCUGAAGAGCAAUUGGAAGACAUGGCAGCAGUACUUUCCAAUUGGGAAUCACCACCACAUGACGCAGAAGUCAGUGUGAAGGUUGGAACAGAACUCCCUCCCCCUCAACCAUCGCCUAAGACUGAUCCUCUCAAUGAAACAUCAGCAUCACAAUCCUCCAUUUUAGAUAAUUCCCUAGAAAUAAAGAAAGAACCAAAAAAACGUAAGUCAAACUCAAAAACUGAUGAAGAGAAAAAGGUUAAACCGAAAAAGGAAAGAGUCAAGAAAGAGUCUGUUAAACGUGAACCUAAAGUCAAGAAAGAGAAGGUUAAAGGAGAAGAGAAGGUUAAGAAGCCAAGGAAACCAAGAAUGCCAAAGAAAACACCUAACUUUGCAUAUCAUUCACCCCUCGCACCGGUUAUGGAUAACCACUCAAAAAUGUAUACACAAUUAAACCCACCAAAACCUGCCAUACCUACUUCAACCUCCACAUUGCCACCUUCUCAAAAAACAACUGAGUCUCUUUUGAAGCCUCAAAUAAAUGAAUAUUCCAGUUACCAUCUUGACACUAAGCCUCGUGUACCAGUUGUACAGCCAAUAAAUAAAAACCCAAGCGCCUUCCAAGGGGAGUUUCAUAAGUUUAUGAAAAAAAAACAGAGUAUACUUGAACCUACAGAGACAUAUGCUCGGAGGAAGACUUCUAACAAGAAGGUUGUAGUAGAAAGUGUCGACCCACAACCUUACACACUCGAAAGAACACAAGAUAUACCUCUGCCUGUCGGACAGUAUAAUGACAGCAUAUUCUUAGAUACGCCAAUAGAUUACAGAACGUACCCACAAAACGGAACUGAAAGGUUACACGAACCUGUACACCACCCUAGCUAUAAUCAAGAACGAAAUCAAUGGCGACCAGAGUAUUACUCUAACCCUCAAAUACAAAUGAUGCAACCAAUGUACGGCCAGAUGAACUCUAAUCAAUAUUUCAGAAGUCCGUACCAGUCGCCGUGGUACAGCUAUCAAAAAUGAAGGCAGUAUUUGUUAACUAGUAUUACUUAAAGCACUUGCUUAGUUGGUGAUAUGUAAAAAUGAUUUUUCAAAUGCUAAAUUUUAUUAAGAGACAAUUGUAUUAUUUAAAUGAUAAUAUUAAGGUAUCCGUUUUAUUUGUGUGCGAGUAUGUGAGGUAGAUUUCUUUUAUGUACAGUAUAAUAAAUAAAUAUAAUUGAAAUUUUGUGUGAAGUUUUGUAUUAAGAAAAUACCUGAUAUUUUUUUUUUUUUUGUAAAAAAAACUAUCUUGAAUUAGUAAAUAGUAGUACGAAUUAAAUGAUUGUUUAUUUAAUAUUUCUUUUUAUCAAAGUUAACAUUGAUUUUAUGUUAUAACAUUUUUAUUUUUAAUGAAUACAUUGGUUUUGCUGUCCUUUACAUGCCAACGAAGGAAAUUACUAAUGUAGACUGAAUAUGCUAUUUUUUGUGAGAUUAGGUAUGAUUAAAGUUAAGGAAGCAUUUAUUAAAACAAGCUAAAAAUUACACUUGAGUAAAAAAGGUUAGAAAAACUGUUACUGUUUAAAAAAUCACCCAUACGAAAUACUGAUAGGUCAGCACGAACUAAAAAGGAAAUUAGUGCCUCCUUAAACUAGACUAAAACUUAAUAGAAAUAUUAAUAACUAAAGUGGAAUUUAAAUGAUGAAAUGAUGGUGAGAAAAAAAUAUUACCAUCAAAUUUUAUCUGAGUCAGUAUAGCUUAAUUGUUUAACAGUAAAUAGUAAAAAAAAAAAUUAAAUAGGAAUGAUUUAAUUCUCAGCUGUCAGCAAUGAGCUAGGACUUAGGAAAUAUAUGACAAAGUAAAUAAUCAUUGUUAAAAAAAUAUAUAUUCGACUAAUUGGAGAAAUACAACUAUUCUCAUUUUUUUUAGUUCAUUAAGUAUAAAAAUUAGUUACAUAAGUACCUAUACGAAAAUUGUGUUUUAUGUACAUAUUAGAAUUUUAAUUCUUAAUUGACCGAAAUACUAAUUGGCCUGAAACUUAGCCUGAUCUAUUUAGUUAUUGUAUAUUUUUUGUUAGUACUAAUACAGUUAUGAUAUAUUUUUUUUUGUUUAAUAAGACUGAAUAUUUGAUUACGACUCUGCAAAUGACAUAAGCUUACACCAUUAUUACCUGUGAUUGUAAAAUAUAUUUUUUUUAGCCAGGUUAAUUUUACUUUCAUUUUAUGCUUUAGAUUGAGAGAAUGAUGUGAGAUAUUGUAAAUCAAAAAUUGUCUGUUGAUUAAAUUAGUUUAUAAUUUUA